AUGCAGUACGAAGAGCUCACACUAAGCCACCUGCCGAUGAACGAUGAGUUACUGAACGGAACGAGAUCCACCAACGAGCAGCCGGUGGACUGUUCCAGCGUGCCCCUUCCAAGCACUGGAGAAUACUACGCUGGCCCUCUGGCGGUGAUCGUGCCGGUGGUCGCGUUAAGCACGCUGGCCACGAUCGCGGUGGGGGCGGUCUACGUCAGCACCAUGCGCUACGUGCAGCUCCACACGCCCCAGGUGCUCCGGGGCUACACGUCCUUCGUCAUCUCCAUCUACCCGGUGUCUGCGUCCGUGGCGUACGUGUCGGUGCUGGUGCCGCGCACCUUCCCCAUGGUGCAGCUGGUGAUGCAGGCCAUGUUCGUGGUGUGCUUCUACCAGCUGUUCUCGCUGCUCGUCUGCCACUUCGACAGCAAGGAGCAGGAGCUGUCUUCACAGCUGGUGGCCACCACACUGCGCCCGGUCACCGGACCCUGCUGCUGCUGCUCCUGCUGCGGCCGCUGCCUCAAGCCCUUGCCCGUCACCAGGGGCAGCGUUAAGCGCGUGCGUUUGCUGGUCUUGCAACUGCCGGUGGUGCAGUGGAUGAUCUACCUGGCGACAUGCAUCGUCCUCUUCGAACGAGAGGUGAGUCGUCUGUAA